AUGACGGCCGGGCCGCUAUUUGAAGAGGACGACUGGCAUGAUUGGCAGCCCAUCGAGCAGACGGCAUUAGACUUUUUGUCGGACAAGCACGACGACAGAGCUAGCGAUGAAGAUUGCGAGGAGGAUGAAGAUGAAGAUGAAUGGAACCCGGUUAUGCAGAGCGGAGCAGGAUAUUCAGAGCAUCCCGUUCACGAACCCGUGAAAGCGGCUGAAGUUGCAGCUGGUGAGGAAAGUGGCAGCGAUGAUGACUGGGCACCUCAGUCACAAGGUGCCGCAAAUGUGGAAAAGUCGGAAGAGGAGGCAUUGAAAGUCCUCCUACAGCCAAACUACGUCAAAGAUGUUCGUCCGGAGAUCCUACAGACCAAAAAGGAGGCCGAUGCAGCAGGACGAAUGCUGCACCAGCUUCAAAGGCCACCAACAUGGGAAGAAGUGAAGGAAGACAUGCCUCGCGGUCCAGACGUUGAUCCGGACCUCUUGGAUGAGCCAGCCUACAAAAACAUGACGCAAGAAGAAGCCAUUGACCUGGUACAAAGAGGUGCAACUGUGAAUUUCCACGGACAGCAUGGGCGAAUGCCUCUGCACAAGGCAUCGGAGAAAGCCUUUCCUUAUCUGGUCAAGGCUCUGUGCGAAGCUCGUGCAGAUCCAGAUGGCAGAGAUCAGUAUGGUGAGACGCCAUUGCAUCUCCUGGCGAAGUCUGGUACUUGGGACGAAGCGAUACCAGCAUCAAGACGUUGUGAAACUAUCCAGAUGCUGCUUCAGCAUGGUGCCGAUGUUCACGCCGUAAACCCUCGUGGACGUGGAGUUCUGCAUUUGGCUGUCACUGAACAUGAUGACCUUGCCAUUGAGACUUUCAUUGAAGGCAUGGCGGACAUCAAUGCUCAAGACCUGGCGGGCUUUACUCCUCUCAUGUGGGCAGCUGGAAGGGACAGAACCGACUGUGUCAAGAUGUUGCUGGACUGUGAGGCCGACAUGAACGUCAAAGCAGCGCGAGGGCAGACUGCAAUGACGUUUGCCCUGACAAAUGGUUGCAAUGCAAUCGUAGACAUGCUGGAGAAGCAUCAGGCCAUUCUUGAUGCGGAGGAGGCCAAGCGAAUCAAAGAACGAGGUGAAAGCCGCAGCGAGGAAGUGAAGGAGGAGUGGCACGAGCUGCAGCUUCCCAGACCAGAUUGGGCCUGCAAACACGAGAAGCCGGAGAACCUGCAAGCCUACGCCGGUCGGGUCUAUGCAGAGGCCAGGCCAGACAGGCAUUCGAAUGUAUAUGUGGAAGCCAGACCUCGCUCUUGA